GGUAAUUGGACACUGGGAUCAAGGAAUCUCGUUUUUUAAACGAAUUCUAUUUAUUCUGAGAUUCGGUCAUUGAGUUUCACCGGUAUUCCCGGUCGUUCUGCCAGUUGUGUAUUUGCUUACUCUAGGGCCAGUUACCCGAUGAGAGGAAUAUAUAUAGAAUGUAUGAGGGUCUACCGAUAAAAUAAGAAGAAAUGCAGGGAUUCGUAAGGCUACACUGGCUACAAUAAACUGCCGUUUUUCCCCCGUUUUUUCUUUUUUUGUUUGUUCGAAACAGGGAGUGAAUCAUCUUGCGAGAAACCGACCGAAACCGGCUAAAUUUACUCUUGGACAUCUGGUUGUUACCUCAUCGACAGCUUUAAACCCUAGUCGCUGUGUUAACGACUUUAGCUAGCUACAUCUAAACUGCAGGUUCUCCCCCUGUGGCGUAAAAGGCAGGGCAACUCGAACCCCUCUGCUACUCUUGAGGGGAAAUAGUUAGCAGUUGCUCUGAGCAAGGUCUAAUAACGCAAACAGCACAGGGAGCACAGCUUUUAUAUUUGAAUAGGCAACUGUAAUAUUGGGAGAGCAAGGGAGACAGUGGAGUACCUCAGAUUUUUUAGCAAGACUGGUUUUAGCAAGGAGAUACACCAGUCACAACACGCCGCAUUGUAUUGUAAAAUGGUCGAUAGAAGAGGGAGAGAGAGAAAUUAAAUAAUAAAGUCGCCCACAUGCUCUGGAUCAAUCGCUGGAUUGGGGAACGGUAUCAGCAGAAGGGGGAAGACGCGAGUUUGAAAUCCUUGCAGGCUGGAAGAUGGCGGAGUGGAGCAGCUGGAGGUGGUGAGAGCGAAACUUCGGGGCGCUUUGGAUUUAUUUGCAAACAUCUCGACCCAGACCGUAGGACACAUGCAGGCCAAAAAACGUUAUUUAAUCUUGCUCUCCGCCGGCGCGUGUCUUGUUCUGCUGUUCUACUUUGGAGGGGUGCAGGUCCCGGCAUCCAGCAGGAACCCGAACCGGCGUGACGACCGUAGCCGCAAUGGAUACCGCCCGGAUGAACCCUGGCCACAUUUCUCGGACCCCUUACAACAUUUCAUUCCCUGGGAUCAAGCGGAGACCGAGGAUUACAACAUUCACAUAUCGCCGAGGCAAAAGAGGGACGUCAAUUCAAGCGUUUACAAAGGCAAGAGGUGUCGCAUGGAGUCCUGCUUUGACUUUUCUCUGUGCAAAAAGAACGGCUUUAAAGUUUACGUUUAUCCCCAACAGAAGGGGGAAAAGAUCUCAGAAAGUUACCAAAAUAUUUUAUCGGCCAUCGAGGGUUCAAGGUUUUACACUUCGGACCCUGGUCAGGCUUGUUUGUUCGUUCUGAGCCUGGAUACGUUGGACCGGGACCAGCUGUCGCCGCAGUAUGUGCACAAUUUAAAAACUAAGGUCCAGAACCUACACCUCUGGAACAAUGGCAGGAAUCACCUUAUUUUCAACCUGUACUCGGGGACGUGGCCGGACUACACGGAAGACUUGGGUUUCGACAUCGGCCAGGCCAUGCUGGCCAAGGCGAGCAUCAGCACCGAGAACUUCAGACCGAACUUCGAUGUGUCCAUCCCGCUGUUCUCAAAGGACCACCCCAGGACCGGCGGGGAGCGGGGUUACUUAAAGUACAAUACCAUUCCUCCUUUCAGGAAAUACAUGUUGGUUUUCAAGGGGAAGCGAUACCUGACCGGGAUCGGGUCAGAUACGAGGAAUGCCUUAUACCAUGUCCACAACGCAGAGGAUGUCGUGCUCCUAACCACCUGUAAACACGGGAAGGACUGGCAGAAACACAAGGACGCACGCUGCGACAAGGAUAACGCCGAAUAUGACAAGUUCGACUACAGAGAGAUGCUGCACAACUCUACCUUCUGCCUGGUUCCUCGGGGCCGGCGGCUCGGCUCUUUCCGCUUCCUGGAGGCGCUGCAGGCUGCCUGUGUUCCUGUCAUGCUGAGUAACGGCUGGGAGCUCCCCUUCUCCGAGGUCAUCAACUGGAACACAGCCGCGGUGAUCGGGGACGAGAGGCUGCUGCUGCAGAUCCCAUCCACGGUGCGGUCCAUCCAUCAGGACAGCAUCCUGGCACUGAGGCAGCAGACCCAGUUCCUGUGGGAGGCCUACUUUUCCUCGGUGGAGAAGAUCGUGCUGACCACUCUGGAGAUCAUUCAGGACAGGGUGUUCCAGCACACAUCACGGAGCAGCCUGAUGUGGAACAGCCAUCCGGGGGGUCUCUUCGCCAUGCCACAGUACUCCGCCUACCUGGGCGACUUCCCCUUCUACUACGCUGGACUGGGUAUUAAACCGUACCCCAAGUUCACCGCGGUUAUCCAUGCUGUCACCCCCCUGGUCUCCCAGUCCCAGCCUAUUCUCAAGCUCCUAGUUGCUGUUGCCAAAUCGCAGUACUGCGCCCAGAUCAUUGUCCUGUGGAACUGUGACAAGCCGCUGCCCGCCAAGCAUCGCUGGCCUGCCACCGCGGUGCCCGUCAUCGUCAUCGAGGGGGAGAGCAAGGUGAUGAGCAGUCGGUUCCAGCCCUACGAGACGAUCGUUACAGACGCCGUGCUUAGCCUGGAUGAGGACACAGUGUUGUCCACCACUGAGGUGGACUUCGCCUUCACGGUUUGGCAGAGUUUCCCAGAGAGGAUUGUGGGAUACCCCGCACGUAGCCACUUCUGGGAUGCCAACAAGGAGCGCUGGGGCUACACCUCCAAGUGGACCAAUGACUAUUCCAUGGUGCUGACGGGAGCUGCUAUUUACCACAGAUAUUACCACUACUUGUACACCAACUUCCUGCCGCCCAGCCUGAAGAGCAUGGUGGACCAGCUGGCCAACUGCGAGGACAUACUCAUGAACUUCCUGGUGUCUGCCGUCACCAAGCUGCCCCCCAUCAAAGUCACACAGAAGAAGCAGUACAAGGAGACCAUGAUGGGACAGUCGUCCCGAGCUUCACGCUGGGCCGACCCGGACCACUUUGCCCAGCGGCAGACCUGCAUGAACAAAUUUGCCAGCUGGUUUGGCACCAUGCCGCUGGUGCACUCCCAGAUGAGGCUGGACCCGGUUCUGUUCAAGGACCAGGUGUCCAUCCUGCGCAAGAAGUACAGGGACAUCGAGAGACUCUAACGAGCCCGGUGCCCCUGGUGGAGGUCCAGGGGCCGCGAGAGACAGAU